AUGGGCUAUGCGGCGCAAACAAAGGUUGCUCCAGAAUGCCCGGCCACCCAAUUACCCAUCGCCUUCCAUGAAGCCACGACAACCGAUGAACUGGCCGAGCAGAUCGGAGGCUUGCACGACAUCUACACGUUGACCGUGGUGGUGUUGAUGGCGGCUGUGUGGCUGGUCAUCGCCCCGACCGUCUUGGGCAACGCGUUUAUGGCCCCGUUCGAGAAACCGGCCAACGACACGUUCGUCACCGUGCAGGAUGAGUUCCAACUGUCGGCUACCUUUCCGAAUCCGGCCGAAUGGACCGGCUCGAUGGUGUUCGUCGGAAACCUGCUUUUUGGUCAAUUUUUGGCGACGGUGACGGAUUACUAUGGGCGACGUCGGAUCAUUUCCUGGUCGAUGCUGGUGUACGGAAUUAUCGGCGUCGCAGCUUCAUUCUCGCCGUCCUUCCCCUUCCUGCUGAUGAUGCGAUUAUUUUCGGGCAUUUGCUUCACGCCAAUUUUCGUGACGAAUUACGUGCACGCGAUGGAGUGCCUCCCGUUCUCAGCCCAUCCGAUGGCUUCGUUGAUUUUUGCGGCCACUUGGGUUAGCGGCUACUGCUUGGCAUCACCAAUCGCGAUCAUUUUUCCCCACUGGCGCCUCUUUCAGCUGGUCAGCUCGUUACCAUGCGCAAUUCUGGGCAUCAUCCUGAUUUUAUUUCUGCCCGAAAGCCUCGGCUUCGCCAUCUCGGGCAAUAGACCUGCCGAAUUCCGGCGCUACCUCUCGAACGUCUCCCGUUUUUCGAAGCGCCAUCUACGCUACAACUUCUCGAAGCUUGUCGACACGGAAGGAACAGGCAGCCAGGAGGUCGACCUGAAAACGCUGGUCCGGGAGACCACCAAAAAAGAAAUACUGCAGCGCGUCGUGUUGUGCUCAUAUUUAUGGACAGCCACCUGCUUUGCAUACAACGGGCUAUCCUUUGAAAGCACGGUGCUAAAAGUCGGCAACAACCACGUUCAAUUUUUGCUGUCCGGAAUCGCGGAGAUCCCGUCCUAUUUUGUGUCGCCCCUCCUCUUCGACCGAAUCGGCCGACGGCUGACGGUGAUCGGGAUUUGCGUGUUUUUCGCGGUAACCUGCCAGGGGAUGUGCAUCCUGGCCUACUUUGCUAUGGACGACACCUGGAUGUUCCUCAUAUUUUGGCUGCUGGCCAAAUUUGGGGCCAGCGCCGGCUUUAUGUGUCUGUUCAUCUACGGGUCGGAAAUGUUUCCGAUGAGCUGCCGCUCCUUUGCGCUCGGCAUUUGCUGCUCACUCUCCAAUAUCGGAGCCAUUGCGGCGCCGCACGCGCCGGCUUUUGGCCUGCUGUUCCCCGGUGGCACCUAUGCGGCAUUCGGGUUGUUGCUUUUGUUGGCCGCCGUCGUGACUUCCCAUUUGCCCGAGACAAAGGACAUGCAUAAA